UUUACUAUAAAAUAACUGGAACCGGAAGUGGAAAUGCUGUAGUAUAAAGCUAAAUUUCAAACUGAUUUCAGGUUAUAAAUGUAUUUAAAUUUUGUGUGUGUAUAAUUCAUUCAUCUACUAGUUUUUGAACGUAAUUCAUACAUUACUUCAGCGUGACAAUGGCUGGCAAAAUAAUUAACACCCUUGAUCCACCGUCAUCGGCAAGUUCAGAAAGCGAUGUCGCCGAAACCCAAGCAGAUUUUUCCGAAGUCUUCCCAGACUGCGAAGGCGAUGAAGAACGAAGCGGAGACUUCUACAAUACUCCAGCAUCACCAAUAACAGUACCGUAUUGCCCCAGGCCUCCUUCGACAGGCUCUCAAAAGUCACCAAGGUCCAGGCGGCAAAGAACAACUUCAUUAAAUCAAUCAUCUAAGAAAUCAGCUGCUGAAUCGAUGAUACGAACACAGCAUCGCACUAUCUACACAGCUGGUCGACCUCCAUGGUAUAAUAGUGAAGGACAAAAAGUGGAACCAUUAGUUAUAGGGAUUUGUGGUGGUAGUGCCUCUGGGAAAACAACAGUAGCAGAAAAAAUCAUUGAAUCUCUAGGAGUACCAUGGGUGACUCUACUCAGCAUGGACUCAUUUUACAAGGUUUUGAAUGAAAAACAGCGUGAAAUAGCAAACAGAAAUGAAUAUAACUUUGAUCAUCCUGAUGCCUUUGAUUUUGAUCUUUUGAUCACCACUUUGCAGAGACUGAAAGAAGGAAGAAAGGUUGAAGUGCCAAUAUACAAUUUUGUGACACAUGCAAGGGAAAGCAGGACUAAAACUAUGUAUGGGGCCAAUGUAAUAAUAUUCGAAGGAAUUUUAACUUUUUAUCAUCCUAAAGUCCUGGCCAUGUUAGACAUGAAGUUGUUUGUUGAUACUGACGCUGAUGUGCGUCUGGUACGCAGAUUGCGAAGAGAUAUAAGCCAAAGAGGUAGAGAUCUAGAUGGUGUACUUAAACAAUACUGUGGUAUGGUCCAACCAUCAUUUAACCAUUACAUUGCACCGUUGAAAGUACACGCUGAUGUUAUUGUACCCAGAGGUGGUGAAAAUGAAGUUGCUAUUCAGUUGAUUGUUCAGCAUGUCCACACACAAUUGCAAUUGAGAGGAUUCAAAUUAAGAGAAGAAUUAGCGCAAAUACACGCUCAUUCAGGACAACCAAGACCAGACACUGUAAAAUUACUACCUACUACACCUCAGAUACGAGGACUUCAUACAUUCAUUAGGAAUAAAGAUACUCCAAGAGAUGAAUUCAUUUUCUACAGCAAACGCCUGAUUCGCCUUGUCAUUGAAUACACAUUGUCGCUUAUGAGGUUCAAUGAUAAAAUUGUGGAAACACCUCAAGGGGUACAAUAUAAAGGUAAGCGAAUGGCAACUGAUAAGAUUUGUGGUGUGUCUAUACUUCGAGCAGGUGAAACAAUGGAACAAGCGGUUUGUGAUGUUUGCAAAGACAUUCGCAUAGGAAAGAUCUUAAUUCAAACUAAUUUACAAACAGGGGAACCAGAGCUGUAUUAUUUAAGGCUUCCUAAAGACAUUAAAGAUUACAAAGUAAUUUUAAUGGAUGCUACUGUAGCAACAGGAGCUGCAGCAAUGAUGGCCAUAAGAGUUUUGCUAGACCAUGAUGUCCCAGAGAGUAAUAUUCUUAUUGUGUCACUGUUAAUGGCAGAAUCUGGUGUGCAUUCAAUUGCAUACGCCUUUCCUAAAGUUCAGAUAGUUACAACUGCCAUUGACCCUGAAAUAAAUGAUAAAUUUUAUGUAUUGCCAGGAAUGGGAAAUUUUGGAGAUAGGUAUUUUGGAACUGAACCAUCUGAUGAAUUAUAAUAUUCCAAAUUUCCAUUAUGUAGUAAAACAUCUUGCUGUAAUGAGCACUAGAAUAGUUGUUUUUCAUUGUAAGAUAUAUUAUAAAAUAGGUACACGUGUCAGGUACCCUCCAAUUGCCACUGUGUGUGUAGAAGUAUAGAGUGUGGUUCUGCCAUAAUUUAGUUAAAAAUUGUUUUGUUUACUGAAAUCGUAAAUUAUGAAUAAAGCAUGGUCAAGUUAAACGUAUUUUUCGGAAUUUGAUACAUCAAAAAAAAAAUAUUCGAACCGCACACUAUUCGUACUUUUAUACAUAACAGAAACAUACAUACAAGUACUUAAUGCUUAUGAGGCUGUGUUAAAUAUGUAGUAUUUUCUAGUUACCAAACUCAGGCGCAGUUCCUGAAUCAGUCAUUCAUGUAUAGCGUGUAAGAUCACUUUUUUAUUUAAACAAUCGUCUCGCUAAUUAUUACUUAAUAUUUCUAAACUAAAAUUAUACUAUAUUUUUAGUGGUUGUUAAGGUUAUUAAAUUUGAAAAUAACA